AGACUGGGCAGGCGCUAAGGGUAUUCUCCAGCUGAUCAGAGAAAGCAGGAAGAAUUGGGAGAGCAUCUCUGUAGCGACCGUCCUCAGCUGGAAGAAAAUGCAUUGAUUUAUUUUAGAAAGCUAAACAGAACAUUGUGAUCCUGUAUUUAUAAACAAAGCUUGUUUGGUCGUCUGUGUCAAGAGCGAGAGUGGAUUCAACGAAAACAGCAGAAGGAACCAGAGCGGGAGGAGCAGCCUGACGACGCCAACAUGCCUCCCAAGUUUAAACGACACCUCAACGAUGAAGAGGUCACUGGAUCCAUACGCAGCGAGAGGAGGAACCUGUUGGAGGAAGACUCUGAUGAAGAGGAGGACUUCUUCCUGAGGGGACCAACUGGACCCAGAUUUGGAGCCGGAAAUGACAAAAUCAGACAAGUUCAGUCGCAGGUUGAUGAGGUCAUCGAUGUGAUGCAGGAGAACAUCUCCAAGGUGAUCGACAGGGGAGAGCGACUGGAGGACCUGCAGGACAAGUCAGAGAGCCUAUCAGACAACGCGUCAGCCUUCAGCAGCCGAGCCAAGCAGCUGCACAGGAGGAUGUGGUGGAGAGACAUGAAGAUGAAGGCCAUCAUAGCUCUGGUGGUGGUCGUUCUGCUACUUAUCAUCAUCAUUCCAGUGAUCUUGCGGUAUCGCUAGUGUUUCACCAGGAUGAGGAAGAAUCUCUCAAUCCUUCUCCUUCUCUUCCUCCCAUUCUCCUGCACAAAGUCCUCCACACCAGCUAGGGGGCACCAUCUGCCCAUAACCACAGAUCUAGGAUCAGCUCACCCUCUCCCAAUGCUAACCUUUACCGUUAGGAUGGAAAACACAAAACUGACCUAAGAUCAGUGUUUACUAGGGACCACUUCAUCCUACUCUGUGAGCCAGGGGCAAGGGUGACACAGGAAGCAUUACGUUGGUGUUACAUAAGGGUUGGGUUUGCGUCCCAAAUGAUAUCUUAUUUAGGGAAUAGGGUGUCAUUUGAGAUGCUGCCUGUGUCUCAGACACCUAAUCAAACUAAAGGAGAACUCCAUUCAGUACAUAAUACAUAUCAGCUAGUCAUUAAGGUUAAGUUUCAUAUUAUGUAGUCAGACUGAUUCUAAUGAUAGUGAGACUUUCAGUCAAUCUGUCUGCUCCAGUCAGUCCAUCAGCAGCUUAGAAACCGGUUAUACAGGACUUGCAGCACACCAAAAUAUUUGGAGAUUAAGAAUGGAACCCCUACUAGCACCACCUCCCAUCUCACAUGUUUAGAAUGCUUUCAAGCCAAAACUGAAAAUGAGGCAAUGGCUAAAUCUUAAUACACUACAGUGGCCUCCUCUACUUGUUUCAUUUUCUUCACCCAGUUUGAUCUGACACUAGCGGGACUGGUUCAAGCCAGUGAGAGGAAGCCACUGUGGAGUAUUGGGACAUGUGUUACUGCUUGGCCACUGCUGAUCUCAUUUCCUGUUAGUAACACUAUGCUAGCUGUCUCUCUCCAGAUGGUUGAAUUUUACUGUUUCUCUGAUAUUGAGUUCUGUUGGAAGGUUAACGUGAAGCUUAUGAAUGUCUGCUGCUAUUCCCAUUACCCCUGAGGAGCUAAGGGACAGACACUGUUCAUUCCACUGCAAAUGCUGGAGGCGUCUGGUACCACUUGUUUAUUCUGUGUGUGUGUGUGUGUGUGUGCGUAAGUGCGCAUGUGUGAUUUUCCUAGUCUGCCCUGUACUGAGAUUGCGUGCCCUCGGUAUCCAAACAUGCACGGCUUGUGAUGCAGGUCACCAGUACUGCCACACCACAGCAGCAUAACAUUUGAUUAACACUUGAUUUAAAUCAGAAAUAUUCAAUCUGGUUUGCUUAUUUCCUUAUAAAAUCAUAGUAGGCCUAUAAUUUAGCCACAGAGGAUCACUAUAUAUAUAUUUUAAUAGCCUAGCUGUGGAUUGUAGCCCAAUAACAAGGUAUAGGCUACAGCCAGGAAUGUGCUGCAAAUCUGCCAGUAAACAGCAUGCAGACAACAGGCCUUUCGCAAUAUUUAAAAUAGUCGCAGGAAAACUGCUUGGAUUGGAUAGCAAAUGGCUCCUGCUGAAAAGAGAAGACUAAUCUGUCUGCUGUAGGAAACCAAAAUAGUUUAGCAACUUCCAAAAAGGCGAUCAAGUGACCAUUGUUUACAGGUUAGAGAUAGGCUUUCGGCAUGACAGCAUCAGCCAUUGCGACUAGUGAGCUGUGCAUUAUUUCUCAUUGGGUAAGUCAGUGAAACUGGAAAGCUUUUUUAAGACUCAUUUCUUCAUAUUGUACAAUAUGUGUGUCUCCACACACCUAGACCUAGGCUAUUGAUGGAUUCAAGACGUUUUUAAUGAUUUCAGUGUCAAAGUAGACUGUCAUUUCGAUCAUUUUUGCGGUCCUUAAAAAGAUUCUGCCAAAGUCUGCAGUCAUGUAAAAUGACGUAGAAUUGCAUGAAAUGCGUUUACACAAGGCCCAAUUUCUCCCGCCUCUACUGCUCUAUUCCACUACGCAAAUGCGAUGAUAUGCAUGCAAUGCUUUAUUACACUGAACAAAAAUAUAAAUUCAACAUGCAGAAAUUUCAGUUCAUAGUUCACAUAAGGAAAUCAGUCAAUUUAAAUAAAUUCAUUAGGCCCUAAUCUAUGGAUUUCACAUGACCGGGAAUAUAGAUAUGCAUCUGUUGGUCACAGAUACCUUUAAAAAAAAAAAAUGUAUACAUUUUGUUUUAUUUACCCCCCUUUUUCUGCCCAAUUGUCAUGAUUACAAACGUAUCUCAUCGCUGCAACUCCCCAAUGGGUUCGGGAGAGGCGAAGGUCGAGGCAUGUGUCCCCUGAAACGUGACCCGCCAAACCGCGCUUCUUAACACCCGCCCGCUUAGCCCGGAAGCCAGCUGCACUAAUGUGUCGGAGGAAACAUCGCCAACGUCAACUGACGACCGAGUCAGCCUGCAGGCGCCCGGCCCACCACAAGGAAUCGCUAGAGCACGAUGAGUCAAGUAUAUGUAACAGUAUAACUUUAAACCGUCCCCGACACGG